GCCUUCCUUGUCUUAAAGAGCCCCGUGGUCUUCAAUGGAGACUCAAUCUCCUCACUCACUCUGCUCAGCCAGAGAGCACGCUUUCUCCUCUCUUUGCUGCUGCUGCUCUCCAUCCAUCUGCCUCUUUAUCUUUUUAUUCUCUCUGUCUCCCCAUCCAUCUCACCAUUUUUAUUCCUUGUUCUCUCUCCUUUCUUGGCACUUGCUUUUGCCCUCUUUUCUUUUUCCUCAUUUUCAGUAACCUUGAGCAUUCAGCACUUGUGCAGACUGGAGGUUUGACCCGAGGAAGAAGGUUUAUUUCUUUUUAUUUAUUACGUUGAGAGUGUUGGAGAAAGGAGGGAGACGAGACCCCAAGGAAAAGUUGAGAAUUCAUUUGUGAAGAUAUGAGGAGCUGAUAUCUUCUUCCAGCUUUUCUCCUGCUGUUUGCCCUGUUCUUCUUUUUUUUACAACAACACCUGGAAUGCUUAAUGUGGACUGAUGGAUGUUUCUGAACUCUGCAUCCCAGACCCCCUCUGCUACCACAACCAGUUGCUAACCAGAAUGCCCACUGACGACCGGCACCUACCCGCUAGCUGUGGUUCCUACGUCAAAACUGAGCCGUCCAGUCCAUCCUCCUCGCUCGUAGACACCGGCAGUCAUCACAGUCCCAGUGGCAACUCAGACGCCAGUGGCGGCUACGUUAACGGCACCGGGAGGCGCUCCCACGCCCUAGACUCACCUCCGAUGUUCAACCCGGGCAUGCUGGGUGGUGGCAGUGCAUGCUUACACCGUUAUGAGGAGUGCUCUGGCAGCAUGGUGGACGACUCACCAAUUAAGUGCGAGUACAUGCUCAAUGCCAUUCCCAAGAGGCUGUGCCUGGUGUGUGGCGACAUUGCCUCAGGGUACCACUACGGGGUCGCUUCUUGUGAGGCCUGCAAAGCCUUUUUUAAACGAACAAUACAAGGAAACAUUGAGUACAGUUGUCCGGCCACCAACGAGUGUGAGAUCACCAAGAGGAGACGGAAGUCCUGCCAGGCCUGCCGUUUCAUGAAAUGUCUCAAAGUUGGCAUGUUGAAAGAAGGUGUGCGUCUGGACCGGGUGAGAGGGGGGAGACAGAAGUAUAAACGGAGGUUGGAUGCAGAAAAUGGAUCCUAUCUUGGCCUCACCCUUCCUCCCCCAGCCAAAAAGCCCCUGACAAAGAUUGUUUCGCAUCUGCUGGUGGUGGAGCCAGAGAAGAUCUAUGCCAUGCCAGAUCCGACCAUGCCUGACGGUGACAUCAAGGCCUUGACCACCCUGUGCGACCUGGCCGACCGCGAGCUGGUGGUCAUCAUCGGCUGGGCUAAACAUAUCCCAGGUUUUUCCACACUGUCCCUGGCAGACCAAAUGAGUCUUCUGCAGAGCGCCUGGAUGGAGAUCCUGGUGCUGAGUAUUGUGUUUCGCUCGCUGCCCUGCGAGGACGAGAUUGUGUACGCAGAAGACUAUGUGGUGGAUGAGGAGCAAGCGAGGAUCUCGGGGCUGCUGGAUCUUCACGUCGCCAUCCUGCCGCUGGUUCGACGCUACAAGAAACUGCGCAUGGAGAAAGAGGAGUUUGUCACGCUCAAAGCCAUUGCGCUCUCCAACUCUGACUCCAUGCACAUAGAGAGCGUAGAAGCAGUCCAAAGGCUCCAAGACUCUCUGCAUGAGGCUCUGCAGGAUUACGAGGGAUCCCAGCACCCAGAGGAUCCCCGACGGGCAGGCAAGCUGCUGAUGACCCUGCCUCUGCUCCGUCAGACCGCCACAAAGGCUGUUCAGCACUUCUACAGCAUUAAAAUGCAGGGCAAAGUUCCCAUGCACAAACUAUUCCUUGAGAUGUUGGAGGCCAAGGCUUGACACCUGGAACGCUGCAUCUUUCAGUCAGAGACGAGCAACAACCCAUAAGAAAUAAAGGUGGAGUGCCAAUUAACAGCCAAAGGAUGACGAUUGGGCUCUGAAUUUAUUUUACUUAUUUAAAUAAUAGUAAACAUUGAAGAGAAAGAAGACUUGGAAUAGUUUUAAAAAUGGUGAAAAUAAACUUGACUAAAGUGGGAUGAUGAUUAUGUAUAUAGAGAUGUACAGAAAUCAGGCAACUGAGGUCUUGUUAUAACCAGAGACCCAUUGCUCUAUAUCACCUGAAUCUUCUGUGAAUUUGUUUCUUAUUUUGUUUUAAUCUCAGAAUGAAAAAGUGAUAAUAUAAAGAACUGUACAGCAACUUAGCCACAUUUUGUGUUCCAGUUUCUCCUGUUUUCUUAUCGCAGUUGUUCCAACAACAGACUGUAACUGGUCUUCAUAAAACAUGUACUGUAAAUUUUGUGAAACUUCACUGGGUAAAAGGGAGAAUUGUUUAAAAUGAUUAUGAAACUUAUCAUCAAAGGUGUGUCAUUUCCACCUAAUUACCUUGUAGUUGCUUCACUGACUUGGUAUUUUAAUCCGAUUGGUACAUGGUCAAAGGACAGUGGUUGGUCAGCUGUCAUUUCUCUCUAAAGGUGUAUUUGAAUUAUUCACUCAUUCAAAAUACAGUCCACUAUAGAGAGAGUCCAACAUUUCUACUGGAAUUUCAUUCACUAGUGCAUUACAAAUUUGUCACAUGAAAAAGCAGCAAUAGAGUGCAGAGACCCUAAUGGACUGUAGCGUGAGUUGACUGAGCAUAUUGCUAUUUAAAAUAUCAACAUUAGCACUCUAAUGCUGACAUUGACAACUUAUUAUUGUAAAUUGUAUUGUCACCAACAUUUGGAUUUGAGAGAUUAUAAAUGGCCAUAAACCUGCAUCAAAAUGACCUUUUUUUAAUUCCAGUUAUAAGAGCUGACAGCAGCGCCACAUGGCAUAAACUGCUGUGUGAUUGGUCACAAAUUCAAAGUCAAUGAAAGUCAACAUGGUUACUAUUUUUAAAGUAUGCUGCAGUGGGAAUGCCCUAUGAUGACUUCCAAGGCGUUCUGCCCUUGACUUUCUUGUGAAGUGUGAAAUGUCUUGGCCAGAAAGAACUUUGUCAUUGUUUUCUGCACCUAGUGCAAUACAUUUCUCUCCAUUAGCAUUCAUAGGUAGAUCUUCUAAAUUGUACUGAAUUCUUGACUUUUUAAAAACUUCAAAGCUCAUUAAUUUUAAAUCCUCAUCAAUGUGUGUUCCUAUACAGGACAAGAACAUAGGCCAAAAAUGCACCUUUUUUUAAUUUCAGUUAUUAAAGCCCACAACGGUCACGGUAGCUGCCAUACCCGAGCAAUACAUCUCAGCGCUGCUCUAUGGGUAAAACAACUUUCCAUGGCUGAGGUCCGGGGAUCUGUGUUGCCUUUUGAUCCACCAUGAAGUCCAGUAUUAAGUUCACUUGGCACAGUAAACAUACUAUACAGAAGGUUAAGACAGGCCAGCCUGAACAGACAGAUCAUGCUAAUGUUGCAGAUGAAAAGAAUAUCAUUAGCACUAACAUUCACGGCUAAUUAUAGUAAGUUGUACUGAAUUUCUGAGUUUUUAAAAUUUACAACAAUUAUAAAGGAAAGACAUCAACCCGUACCAACAAUUAGCUUCUUUCAAUGACAGGCAGUUUGUUUAACGUGUUUUCUGAAUGUGUACUAAAACCAAAUGUGAUAUUUUCUUUUGCGAAGUCUAAACACUAAGAACAACAAAAAGACACUGAUAUUUAACAUGAAAACCAAGCUGCAUUUCAACCAAGCUUAACCUUCCAAUGUGAAUCUUCCAAACUGUCUAAAUGCUACAACUCUGAAAAAUUGCAGCAUGUGUAAAUUAUACCAGUUGGUAUAACUAAGGUACAUAGUUAAAAAAAACUAUGUCAAUUCAUACAAUAGUUUUUCAUGGAUAUUAUACUUUUUGUAUAAUGAAGGUUGUAAACUUUUUGCAACAACAGUUUAUGGUUGAGCAACAGAUCAGUGUUAUAGAAAGAGUCAAAAACAGUCAAGUCUUUUACAUUGCAUUAUCAUGAAUCCUGUCGUCAGUUCAUUAAAUACACAAUGAGGAUUUCUUUAGAGUAUAAUUAUGAGGUGUUGCUCCAAAUAGCAGGCUGCACAAAAUCUAAUAACCCUGUUUACAAUUUCAACUCUAAUACAAAUGUGCCAAAAACUUGUAAAAUAUUGUUUUUGUAGACAGAAGAAAAAUAAAUGUUUUAACAAAAGUAGCUGUGCCACAGUAAUUGACAUGCCUAACAAUUUCGAUAUAAAAAAAACACCUCAAGCAUGUUUUCUUUUCCUUUAUCCUUUUUUUCCUCAGGUAUAUUCUUAAUUACACUUCAAAAUAGGAAAAACAAAAGAACACGCCAUUCAAGUAAGACAGUUGUUUGUUGAUCUUUAUAAACAAGGAAAAGGUUACAAGAAAAUGGCUCCUUCCCCAUGGAAUGCAUCAAACAUGAAUCAGGACUCUGAAUGAUUUCCUGUGCAAAGAAGAAUGGUCAAAAAUCUCUAUUUAUAUUCUUUACCCAUGUCAAAUGUUAUAGAAGAAGUGCUAUCCUGUUGGUCAAAAUGGAGUUAUUCAAUAUAUCAACAGCAGUAGUUAUUAACUGUGUUACCAGUGAUUUUGUUUUCUCAGUACAGAAGUUUUUACACACUAAAUAAAUUAACUUAAAUUUAAAAAACAGAUUUCUUCUAGGCUUUUAACAACACAAAAUUAGUGACAGAACGAGUGAACAUUUCAUAUAUAUUCAUAUAAUAUUUGCACUUAAGAUUAAUGUGACAAAGAAAGAGUACCACACAAGCUAGCUCUAUCUGAGUCUGAGUGAUUUUUGAGUAUUUGAGUUAGGAAAACUGCAGUUCUUCAGAUUUCUUUUUGUGCUGACACCUGCAACUAAACAUGCUGUGAAACCAACUCAAUAAUGAUAAGCUAUAUGUUGUUCUGAUAAAGGUGUUUUUUUUUUGUUUUUUGUUAAAGAUCAUAUUACUGUCAGCUACUAAUGUAAAGCAUUCUGGAACACUAAUGCAACCAGCGACUCAUGCAAUAGAUACCAACUUUGUGAUGAUUGUAGGUGCUAAUUCAGUGCUAUGCUAGUUUUUAAGGCUUUUAAUUUUAGGCAGCAAUGUAAUAGAUUCCAUUUUAUUAUAGAAAUGUUGUAGUUUCUUAUUUCCAGCUGUAUUCGUUUAACUCAAAAACGCUGUUAACACUAAUAUUGACCGUCUUGAAGCUCCUAAACCGUCAUCUAAUGAGGCUAAUGUUUUGCUGAAGCUAGUGGAUAAGCUAACACAAGGAUGGCAAAUGUGUUUCUUUAAGUGUAGGUAAAGCAGUUGCACUUCUCUGCCCCUAAAUGGUUUACUUUGAUAUUUUAGAUUACUUGAGGUCAAACUGAAUUAUCACCCCAACUCCUACUGAUCUGUAUAGUUAGCUUAAGUACCAAUUUAAGAAAAGUUGAAUUUAUCAUCCAAGUAAACCAUUCAGAGGCUAGACUUCUUGUUCUAAACAAUGUUUUUUUUUCUGUUUUGUUUCUGCUUUUUGUUUUCGAAUAAUUUUAUCACAACCAAUGGUUUUGAGAUUUUAAUUUAGUUUAGAGUGUUUUCAUUGAAUCCUAAAGGAAACCAGAUUCUUGUCCCCUCGCUGUGGAUUGUAAAGAUUCAUAAGUAAAUGUUUAUAGAUUAUCAGUUGCGUUAAUAUUUGGUACAUUAUUUUGUCAUAUUUGUAACACCAAAGUCAACUUGUUAACAAUUUGGAUGACAUAAGAUUUUUUCUCUCUCUCCAAAUAUGGAUUACAGGGUAAAAUGCUGGAAGUUACAUACAUUUUCUUAUUAUUUGUUUAAUCACAUUUAAGUUAGAAUAUUUUUCAUUAUUUGGGAAUAACUUAAGUUACUCUCUGAACUAAAGCAGUAUUAACCGUGUACAUCAUAACAGCUUACUGAUACUUAGUAUUUUUGUUUUUUAAUGGCGGUGCUAAAUAUUCAGAACAAACACUUAAACUGAUACAAGAGUGUAAUCCACUAUUAAUCAUAGGCUUUUAGAGCAUGAAAUCUAUCUGUUGCAAAACUAGUUGUCAAAAGGGUAUUGGUCAUUUUGCUUUUUCACCAGUUCAUACAUUUGCAGUUUUGGUAUUUUCUUACCUGACUUUUUUUUAAUAUAAAAAGGAAACAUCUCGUAGUGUUAAUUCUAGGGAAUAUUUUGAAUAAACUUUGAAAAACGAAGAAUUUAGAGUUAUUUUACAUAAACUUUUUAUAGACUACUAUAAACAAAUGUGUCCGUGACUCUAAUACAUUAGAGGUCAUUCAUAGUUAGUUAUAUUUAAUUAGGGCUCAUAAUCGUUAAUAUUUCAUAAUAGUGAACUGGUCCAAACAGAAAUCAGAAUCACAAUCAUUAGACUUUAAUCAUUUAACAAAAUAAAAUUAAACUGGAUUUGAUUAAAAUGAAUACAAUUGAAUUUAUUUUGAUCUAAUUUAAUUUAAAUUUAAUUAACUAACUUAUCAUUCUAUGUGAUUUGUGAUAUCUGAUUUUUUAUUGUUUGUUGUAGGUUUAUUUAUCUCCCAAAUUAAUCUACCCAACAUUCAUCUACCUAUCUACAAAGAUAAAUAAAUAAAGUGAUAUGCAGUGGUUACAUACUUGGGACAAAAUGGCUUGAUUACAGGUAUGACAUUUAAGUGGGGUAAAAUGAAAUGGUAAUGGCUUGGUACGAAAUAGGAAUACAAACUGGUGAAGGGGCAAACUGACACAGAGAUGACCUUAAAUUAUUUAAAGAUAGCACCUAGCAUAUCAUGAUAUGGUCACGGCUGAUAAUGUAUAUUAUCUCUUACGGCUUCGGUAAUCUAAGCAGGUAAGAUGGAACAUGUAACCAGUAGGUGUCAAUAAUAAGAUGGCAGGUUAAUCAGCAGCUUUUGGGGUUUUAGUGAGAAAUAUUAUAUAAUUCCACACGAAAGCUGUUGUGUCUUUAAAAAGUCAAGUGCCAUUAGCUUUUGCCCAAACGCGAUGGAAGCAUAAGCAGCCAGAAACUCUGAGAAUCUCCCAGAGUGAUACUAUUGAUCAGCUAUAACAUAAUACAUUAAUAAGUUUAACCUAACGGCAUAGAGAAUAGAAUUUCCAUGAUGCAUCUCCCCAUUUGUUAACCAGCUAAUCCAUCCCAGAGUGAAAUGAGUGAUUAGUAUCAAACCAAAGCAGAAACACAAACACUAUUGGGUUUUGAACUGACGAGCUGUUUUCAUAUAAAUAUUUUAUUUGCAGUAUAAUAAUCAUGAGUAUAGUUUAUUUGUGUUGUGUCCAAUCACUCUAGGUUUGUAAUGGUGAAGAUGACAAAGAAAGACUAAUUAAGACAUGAGACUACAAAUUAUUUUUAUUUUUCUGCUAGAGGGGAUGAAUUAGAGCUCCAAUUCCUGUUGUAUUUGUUGUAAGGGGAGCCUUGACCUUGUUGUGGCUUCACUAUCACAGAAAGCUUUUAGCUUUUUCCCCUCUCACAAAUGUGAUAAAAUAAAAAUAAAAUGCCUAAUUUAUGUUCAGACUUCUAAAACGGUUCUACAAUAUCCAAUUAAUUCUAAUUGUGUCCUAAGCUGAAAUUCUCAAAAGAAAUGGAGCAAUUAAAUUUCUGGUUUGGCUCUACCUUGGGGACAAAAGACGUUUUAUUUUAGCUGACAGUGGGGAGUUUUUUUUGUCUAAAUCUCUACAAAGGCGAUUUCAUGGGUGUCUGUAAUUGUUUCCCAACAGAGCCACGAUCACUGGGCUAUGCAAGGCGAGUACGGCCACCUGUGUUCCUUUACAUUUGGAGCAUCAGACUGACUUGUAGUUGUGCUUUGUUUACAACUUGAACAUACUGUAUAAAUGCAUUGUGCAAUUCACUGUAUUAUACUGUAUCUGCUGUGCAUUGUUGUGACUAUGAUCAUGUGUUCAGUUUGCCACUUUAAUGUAUUCUCAUGCGGGAUUGAGACCACAUAUUUACAGCCCAGUGUAUGAUACAAGGCCCUGUUUCAAGUGAAAAAUGAACAAGUUCAUUGUGUUUGUUUUAAGAUGAGACUGUUUUCCUGUAUUUUUGUCUCACUCAGUUUUCUCCAUGUUUCUGUUUUUUGGUUAUCAGCAAAGCAGGACGCACAGCGACUAAGGGCGUCUAGACCCUAUACCUCAAUUCAUAUUUUGAAAAUUACACUGGGCUUGGAAGCGGGCCAUGGGAUUCUCCUGGGAGUCAGUGGCACAGAAAUAAAGUGACAUCACCGGCUGGGUAUAAAAAAAAAAUGUAGAUGAAGUUACCGCAAUUGGUGGUGGGGGAGGAGACGCACAUUCCUCAGAGGAAAGCUACUUAUUCGCUGCUCCAUUUGCAGACUUACCUCAUCUCCGUGCACUUUGAGAUGACGAGAUUUACAUAAAACAUGGAGGAACCUCCCCAGCCGAUCUGUUCCACGGUGUAAAGAGGAACCUGCUAGGUGUGCACACCACAGACUAGUGAUUACCCAAGAGGCUUCUCUCCCUCUUCAAAAGCAAUAUGUUUGCAUUUAUGAUAUAUGAAUCAAGUUAAAAGGGAGCUUUGGUUCAUUGUAAUUACAAACUUUAUUCAUGCUUGAAGGGGUGGCAGGCUAACUGUGUGCACUGUUCUGUGAAGAGAAAAAUAUUAAAAGAAAAAUUAAUGGAAAAAAGCCAAACACAGCUGGGAUUCACUUGACAGGACUGUGUGGCAUUUUCAUGUGUUUUGUUUGUUGUAUUUAUGCCUACUGUAUCCAUGUGUAAAUAAAUGCUUUUGUGGGGAGUAGGGCAGUCAGAUCUAACAAUGCACUGAAUGUACAGUGACAAUAAAAAAAAAAACAAUUUAUGAAA